AUGCUUGGGUUGGGCAGAUUGAUGACAUCGUCCUUGAGCGGGGCUUUCAAAACUCCCCAGCUCCCGUGCGCCUCCAACUCGUUUGCUGUUUUUAGAAGAUACAAGCACGAAUAUAACCCAAGAUACAAGAACCUCUUCAAGGCCUUUAAAGGCAGAGUCACCGUCAGAACUGGUGGUUCCGUCAAGGGUAACUCUCUUGAACGUGGUACCUACGGCUUGAGACUCAAAUCUAACGGUAUCAGAAUGGCCGCCAUCCAGCUCAAAGAAGCUGACAAGGUUAUUCAGAGACAGCUUAGAGGCUCUGGAGCCAAGUACAUUACCAGAUUCACCUGUAACACGCCAGUGUGUGUCAAGGGUAACCAGACCAGAAUGGGUAAAGGUAAGGGUGGCUUCGACCACUGGGCUGUGAGAGUGCCAACCGGUAAGGUUUUGUUUGAGAUUGUGGGAAAUGUUCACGACAAGGUUGCCAGAGAAGCUUUGCGUAAGGCCGGUGACAAGUUGCCUGGAAUCAUGGAAAUCAUCGACACUCAGUCGAAGAUCAGAGUGAGUCCUACCAUGUUGGUUGACAAGCCUGAGCCAGUGAACUGGUUGGAGAAGAUGAAGGAGGCACCUACGAAGAAGUGGACCAACAUUGAAAAGUCCAAAUCCCCAGAGUACCGUCUCUACAGAAACCGUUAA